AUGUCUGCCGACAUGUCCAUCGUCUCCGCCAAGGACGCCUGCCCGCGUAAGUCACGAAUGAUCUCACCAGAGCGAUUAAUCGCACAGUUCUCUCUUGCUUCCUCCCUCACCCGCAAAUCCCAGGCCAUCCGUGCCAACGGUCAGAUCUUCGUCUCCGGCCAGAUCCCCGCCGACGUCUCGGGAAACCUCGUCGAGGGUAACAUCGGCGUGAAGACCCAGGCGUGCUGCGAUAACAUCAAGGCUAUCGUGACUGCGGCAGGAUCCAGCGUGAGCAAGAUUGUUAAGGUUAACGUCUUCCUCACUGACAUGGCCAACUUCGCCGAGAUGAACGCCACCUACGAGAAGUUCUUCACCCACAAGCCAGCUCGUAGCUGUGUGGCUGUUGCGCAGUUGCCCAAGGGUGUGCCUGUUGAGAUUGAGUGCAUUGCUCUUGAGUAA